CAGUUUCAAAAUGUUUGUUAUAAAUUAUGCCUUUUUGUGCUCCCAUUGAAAAAGCUCUUUUUACUCUUUCUAAAUUCGGUCAACAACAAUUGAAAUACUAUCCCUUAAAUACUUUCAGUGCUCAAAAAUGGUGGUCAUAUGCAAUCUCUGUUCAUCUACAACCGAUUUCUGACAAAAAUAAAGUUUACACCUGGGCAUUUGCAUUGGAAAGAGCCCAUGAUAUUGCUAGCUACAGUAAAGUUUAUCAAGAGUUUUUGAACAAGACAGAUCUAACAGCUGAAUCCAAAGCUCUUAAAGGAGAUUUAGAGAAGAAGUUAAAUCUUGAUCUCAUUCUUCUUUUGAGAGAGCUUGUUACAAGAAGACUUGAACGAAAGAACAGUAUUGAAGUAAGUUAUUUUUUGUCCUAAAACGUUCAAAAGAAUUUUUAUUCUCAAAGGUAACGAAAAAAUUUUUUUGCAUAGAAAAGGUGUCAAAAUUUAUUACUUUCAAAAACUCUGGCUGGUAUAUUUUGGAAUUUCACAUGCACCUGGUGACCUUUUGGUCAGUUUCAACCAAUGUUCGAGAAUUGCAUUGCCCAAAAUGCCCUGGCCAUGUAAAAAAUUUUAAACAGGCAUCAUAGCUGCCAAGUGUAUAGAUUUUAUCGCAACGGUUCUGAUUUUUAUGCCUUGUUCCGAUAAUACGAUUUUGGGUUAAAAUGUUCCGAUUUUUCAUCAUAGCGUAAUUUUUUCUUUUACUCUAUAAAGCGAUCCAUGUCCGUCAAGUCGCGUUAUCCCUUAGCUCUGCCUCUAUCUACAUUCGUAUAUUUGAUGACGUAUCUACAGGUCGCUUCACAGACACCAAGAGGAAAUCUUAGCUUCCUGACUCCUUGUCUUUUACUUGCAACCGUACCGGUGUUGAAUGUUUACUCGGAAGGCAUCUCUUCGAUUUAAGUUUAGCUUUGAAUGCUUUUCGACGAUGUAAUCUGAAAAAAUGUCAACAAUUCGGCGAAGUCAGUGUUUUUGCAACAAUUAUAGUGAAGAAUUUGAUUUCAUCAAAAAAUCAAGAAAGGGGACAUCGUACGCGUUAUGUAUUGCUUGCAAUACAGACAUUAGUAUAGCACAUGGUGGAAAGUGUGAUAUCAUUUCACACGGGAAAACAGCCAAGCAUGCUACCGCAUAUACAAAUAUGAAAAAGUCAGCAAAAAUUUCCGAUUUUGUGUCGUCCACUAUUGAUCUACAAUCAAUUAGAAGCGAGCUAUUGUUCACAGGAUUUCUCCUUGAACACAAUAUUCCUUUAGCUGCUGCAGACCAUGCAUCAAAGUUGUUUUGUGCGAUGUUUCCAAAAAAUAAGACUGAGUUUUGGGGUAGCAUGAAUGCGUCUACUUUGCAGGCAAUUUUGAUUUACCAAGUCCCAAAUGAUUCAGCCUUGUUAUAGACAAGUGUUUGAUGAAAAGUUUUUAAAAUCAGCCAAAUCUGCUACAAUUGUAGCACUUAACAAGAAUAAUUGAUUAUUUUUUUACAUGUGUUUAUUGUCACAUAUGUUUGAGUAAUAAUAAAAUAUUUUGUUUUUAAA